GUGAUGCCUGUGGUUGCACCAAUGGGUUGCACCACCAUCGUGAUCACACAACAGUGGAUAGCAGCGAUGCUUGUUUCAACACACUGAAAAUGACCAGUUCCAUCUUAAAUGCAUUGAGCAUCCUAACUAAGCCCGUAGGAGAAGUUUCUGUUAGUCAGGCUCAUGACUCCCAGCAGAAAGCCUUGCUGGAUGCACUGCAGACUAAUCAGGUCCUACUUGAGGAGCACCUGCAGGCUCAGGAAGGAGAAGGAGAGAUGUUCGGGGUUCUAGCAGAAAUACGGCGACAGGCCGAAUGGGCCAACGAGCAGGUGGAGGACAUCACCUGGAGCUUUGCCCGGGAGUGCCUGCUUCUGCUGCUGGCCUUGGCCCGUCACCUUUCCCGCCUUCGGGAAUCCUACGACCAGGAGAGCUUGUCUUCACUACCAGCUGACGUCUCCCGCCGUCUUGCCCUCGAUGCCGCCCCUCCCCUGCCCCCAGACGUGCUGAGCGUGGCGCAGCAGAGGACGGUGGGCGCCGGGCUGCAGUUUGCCGUCACGCUGGGCCUGUGCCCAUACCUGGGGGCAGGCGUGGGGGUGCCCCUGGGCCGGCGGUCGGUGCUGGGGGCUGCUGUGGAGAGCGCGUUGAGGAGAGACGUGCCUCCCUCGGCCGAGCGCCGGUUGCAGGUCACAGCCUCCGCCCUGCUGGAGAUCAGCGCAGUCUCGUCCCUAGCCACCGAACUCUUCACCCGCCACCUUGGGGACGUCAUGGCCGCCCUGUGCCAGCUGGGAUACCGCCCGCCGCCGCCUGAGGGCAGUGCUGGGAUGAGUGCACAGACUCAGGGCCUUAAUGCUGAAGAACGCAGGACGUGCAGGAAGGCCCUCCAAAGCCUAUUGGGUAAAGUGUACCAACCAAUCGUCAUCAAGGAGCUCUUGGUCCUUCAAGGUGGCCCUAAACAGGGUCGUGUGGGCCCCGGGGCCAGUGGUGGUGUCGGUGCCGUUAGUGGGAGCAGGACCCCUCUGGCUCAGGCUCCUGCCUGGCUCAGGCGUCUGUGCGGGCAGCUGCUCUCCGAGAGGCUGAUGCAGCCCGGCGGCGUCCAGUACGUGGUGCGCGCCAUCCUGGAGGGCUCUACUGGGGGAGACUCAGACUGGAGGAAGUGUGAUGCUGUUGCACGUAUUUUGGCAACGUGUCCUCAGCAGUCCCUCACACCUGAGGCUUACUAUAGUCAGGUCUGCCCACAGGUACUAGAGCUCCUCCACUUCAAAGACAAACUGACAGCACAGCAGUUCCAGCGUGUUGCCACCAGGGCGGUGCUUACCAUGGUGGAGGAGCGUUCAGAAUUUGCCCAGCGGUUCCUGUUAGAGCCUCUCCUCAAACCUCUCCGCUGUUGUGGGAGAGCACCAGUGGAGGGUGACGGGAACAGCUCUGUACAGGACUGGGAACUCACACGCUGUGUGGAUGACGUGUUCAAGAUAUUUGUGGUGGGGAACAGGCCAAGUGAGCCGCUGCUGAGGAGUCUGGGAGAUGUAGUUCCAGUCAUCUUUGCUCUGUACAGCUUCACGAAACAGAAUGCCUCUCAUCUCCGUGCCCCCUGUCAGGAGAUCCUGCUUUGGUACCUGCGCCAGGCAGAGAGUGGGCAGGCGCUGGCUCUCCUGAGGCGACUCUGUGGGCUGGAGGGUGAGGCAGGAGGAGGGGUGGCACCAGGGUGGCAGUUCUCGCCAGGCAGCGAGGGAGGAGCCGUGCUCACACCCAAAGAGCCAAUUAGUGAUGAGGAUGAGGAGCUGUUUGAGAGGGUGAGUGGGGAGCAGUGGCGUGUGGAGUGUGCAGCUCAGCUGCUGGGGGAGAUGAAGGACAGCGACCUGCCGGCAAACUUCUUCCUGCAGCUGCUACAGGAGCUGACCAGCUGGACUGCAGAACAGGAAGAGGAAGAGUUGGAGCAGGAAGUGGACACGUCCACCAUGACACUGCUGGAGCUGGAGCAGCACCUGAUUGGUCAGGUGACAGGGCGUGGUCAAAAGCUGGCUUUGCUGCAAGUGCUAGCUGUGAUGUGUGAAGGCCUGCCUCAUACCGUGCUACUGCGCAAGCCUGCUCAGGCUAUGGAGUUCAUCUUGGCCAUGCUGCAGCGUGCGUGUGUGUGUCUGGAGCAGGGAGGGGAGGGGCCAGUGGAGACUCAGACCCUGCGUAUGGGAAUGGGCCUGGUGGCUGCCCUCAUGUCUGCAGACACUAAGCUGAGUGGAGAGGACUACUCUGCCAUGUCCAAACUGUUGCCCCUUCUGGAGCAGAUCUCUGAACUGCAUCCAGACGCCCUGGUGAAGGAGCUGGCCACUGACCUGAGGGCAGCCAUCGCCACCCACGGAGCCUACCGGCCCGGCACCAUCACCCGCGCUGCCCAGCAUCACGCCACGCACACUCACACUGGCACUGGCACAGCGCCAGGCAGAGCCACUCCUACCGUACAGCGCACUCAACACAGAACAGCAGCAGCAGCAGUAACAACAACAAAAACAAAAUCAGCCUCCACAGCACACACUCAAAGCAAGCCUGCCAAAAGAACAGCACCACUCAUCACUGAGAUCAGCUCCAUCUCCACGACAACCAACGACAACAGAACUCCCGCGGCUCCUGGUAUACCUGCUUCUUCUGCUGAGCCCACCGCCGCAUCCAAAGAGCAGCUAAGAGUGCGAGGUCCCUCCGCAGGGAGUCGGGCCCCACCUCCAGCAGGGAGCAUCUCUGUGUCCACCUCCAGGGCUGGGUCUGCUGGAGCCAGGGGUGGCCCCUCAGGGAGUGGGCAGAGACAGGAGCAGGGUGAGGGGUUGGCACAGGGGCGUUUGCCCCUCUCCGAGUGCCUGCUAGAGGCCUGUGACCCAGACGUGCCCACACGAGCGGCAGCGCUACGCACCCUCACCCGCGCUCUACAGGAGCGACAGCAGGAGGCGCUAGAGGCCCAGGAGAAACUGCUGACGCUUUUCCUGGAGAAUUUGGAGCACGAAGACUCCUUUGUGUACCUUUCAGCCAUUCAAGGUCUGGCGGUGCUGGCGGAGGCGUACCCGGGGAGGAUUCUGCAAAGGCUGCUGGGAGAGUAUCAGACUGGGCCCACGUCCUCUUCCUCACAACCCCAGCCCUCGUUGGAGACGCGCCUCAAGAUGGGAGAGGUGCUCAUGAGAGCCAGUCGGGCCAUGGGUGAGCUGGCCCCGCACUAUGGACUCCCGCUGAUUGGCGUCUUCCUCGGAGGCACGCGUGACCCAGACCCCACCUUGCGCGCCAGCUGUCUGUCCAACAUGGGCGAGCUGUGCCAACUGCUCCGCUUCAGCCUGGGCCCGCUGGCACAAGAGUUGAGUGUUUGUCUGACGGCUCUGGUAAAGACGGAGAAGGAGGCUGAGGUGCGCCGGGCUGCAGUCCAUGUCAUCACUCUACUGCUCAGGGGCCUCAGCCACACAGCCACACAGGUUCUGUCCGAUGUCCUGCUGGACCUGUACCGGGCCCUGAAGUGGGUCGUGCGUUCAGACCGAGACGAAGUGGCCGUGCUCCAUGCACAGUUAGCCCUGGAGGAACUGGACGACGUCAUGCGCAAGUUCAUCUUCCCUGAACAGAAGCUGGAGAAGAAGAUUGUGGUCCUGCCAUAAAGAGAGACGUAGAGGAGGUUCACAAGUGCUGAUGUUGCUGCCAUGUAAGAAGCCAUUGCAACAGCCACCUCCAACAUUUCAAAUGGCCUUUUUAAGAGACUCAUCAAGUUAUGGAUGCUACAAUGAUACAAACAGAUUCAUGAGUGCUGAGCAGUGGCUUACUAAAGCCAAUGUAUCAACUAAGGACUCUAAAACUGAUUGAUCAACUUAAUGCAUACUCUGUCAACAGCUGAAAUAUAUAGUUUGUUUAAGCUCAACUUUUUUCAAUUUAUAUAAACAGAUCCAUGUGUAAGACUGUGGCACACACUGAAGCUAGUAACCAGCCCAGUGUUAGGGGCGAGCAGCUCUUGGCAUUUAUGGAGACCAACACUCUGCUUGUGUGGCCAUGCAAAAGUCAUAGGUCAAGCAGAACAAAGAUGACCGCCAUCAGUCUGGUAGAUUGGUCUCCUUUCAGGCAGGGCAGAGUAUACAACGCUUGCUUGUUUGCCAAAGUAUUCUCUGCGUUUGGGACCGGGGUCAUGACAUUAGGAACCCCCGGAGGGCCAGUUUAUCACAGCUUUAGUGAAACUGGAACUUUCCAUUCCAGCUUCUCGCCAGUCACCGUCCCUUUGAUCAGCUGUUUGCUCUCCUUGGUCAGGCAUCUGGCCAACAACAGUGAUGGAAAAACACCACAGGGGUUACAGCCAGUUUCGUCACACGUUUUAAGGUCAAAGAUAUAUUUUUAUAAGAAACGAUUAUGGAAAUUGAAAUAAUAUAGAGAUGGGAAAACGUCCUUUCUUAUUGAUAGUAAAUGGAUGUUAAAAAUAUUCAUUAUAUAGACAAACAUUAUACACAUGAAUGUUCAGUGUUCUAAAGAUGAAACACCACAUUACUAUUUCUAGUAUUUGGAACUACAUGCAGUGUGUUGGGCAAACUUUUUCUGCAUUCUUUAAAAUACUUAGCCAACAUAACUCAGGGCUACAGAUGGUAUGGGAAUAGACAUUUGUGAAACUCAGUAAGCUUCUUGUCAUCUGUUCUCCACUCAGUUUUCUGGUCAUCUGUGAGAUCUGGCAGUAGUAGGAAUAGCCCUGCUGGAAUAUUAAAAAUUAUUAAAUGACAA